CUCUUGUUUCUACUGUCCUGUCGCAGUCUGUAUGAGACAUCUCGAGGGAUCCUCCUCGUGGCGCCCGCACAUAUAAAACCGGUGGUGUGCCACUCCCGGACACUUAGUCAAGAGCCUAGCCCCACGCACGCGCCUUAGCCACCGCUUCAUGGAUGCUUCAGCAGUUCAGCAUCCUCUACCCUGACCAGCUCAGCAACAUUUACAUCACGGCAGCUACAGGACGAAAGAUACGUUAUCUCUCCUCUUCUUUAUACAGGUGCAGGCUGCCAGUGCUGUAACUGUCCCAGGGUGUUGGUCAGCAGAGCUGCAGACUACUUCUCUGUCCGUCUGUCUGUCUGUCUGGGUGAGCAGGACAGGAGGAGCCAUGGCUAACAGGGGACCCAGCUACGGGCUGAGCAAGGAGGUGCAGGAGAAGAUAGAGCUGAAGUAUAAUCUGGACCUGGAGGCCCGGCUGCUGGACUGGAUCGUAGCUCAGUGUGGAGGGAACCUGGAGAGACCACAGCCAGGCAGACAGAACUUCCAAACCUGGCUAAUGGAUGGAACAAUUCUGUGUAGGCUCAUCAAUAGCCUGUACCCGCGUGGUAAGGAGCCCAUCAAGAAGAUUCCGGAGACCCAGAUGGCCUUUAAGCAGAUGGAGAAGAUCUCCCAGUUCCUGCAGGCUGCAGAGGUCUACGGAGUCAUCACCACAGACAUCUUCCAGACCGUGGACCUGUGGGAAGGGAAGGACAUGGCUGCGGUGCAGAGAACCCUGAUGGCCCUAGGUAGUGUUGCCCUCACCAAGGACGACGGACAUUACCGUGGCGACCGCGACUGGUUCCACAGGAAAGCCCAGGGUUACCGGCGGGAGUUCUCUGAGGACCAGCUUCGUCAAGGCCAGAGUCUGAUUGGUCUUCAGAUGGGCAGCAACCGCGGGGCCUCUCAGUCCGGCAUGACGGGCUACGGAUCACACCGCCAGAUCAUGUAGAGAUACCAGCGUGCCACUCAGCCAGCUGCCAGCCGUUCCCUCAGCAUGGCUGUGUACUCCAGAAAAAAGCUCCAUCACGCCCCUGGAACCUCAUGAUAUGACCCAACCACUUUCCCCCCUUCCCCAGAAGCACCAGCAAAUCACACACGCACACACAUACACACACACUUUUACUGUUUAUCCUCAACCCAAACGGAGUGCUCCUUAUACCCAAACCACACCAUGAUUUCUACAGACCUCAGUGCUUUCUGCUUACCCCACCCCCACUCUCCAGUCCUCCUUGGUCCCACUCUCUCCAUCCAUAUGGUCCCACUCUAUCCAUCCAUAUGGUCCCACUCUCUCCAUCCAUAUGGUCCUGCUAGCCAUUCCCUUCAGUGGAUGAAGUCUUAGUAAUUCAGUCGGUACAGAGAACCCAAGGUUGAAGUCAUCCCUCUACAAAACAAGCAAAUAGUAUUUUACACUUCUAACAAAUAUUACAGCACGACAACGUUAUAGCAUGCUACAUAUUUUAAUUAUUUAACUCUGUUUGUAUGUACAGUAGGUGUGUCUGAGUCAUUGUAUAGUCAUUUGGGAAUGUUUGCUAUACCUCAUGAAAUGUUUCAUGUGUAACCGAAUGCAACUCAGUGAGCGAUGAUGCCUCUGCUGUCUUGUGUGAAUAUGUGAAGACUUUGAGGUAACUUCUGUAACCAAAUGACCAUCACAUUGUGCCUGGUUAAUAUAGUAAAGGGACCAUAAAUGAUGCCUUGUAUAAGAGAUGCCACCCACCCUAAUGCAGAGGAAUUUAUAGACCUAAAUUCAGUUCUGUUUUAUUACUAACAUUCUGUGAUGUGCAUUUAUUACUUAUUAAUGUAAUGUACAUGUAUGUGUCCACUGUCCAUAUGUGUUUCAGCCAAUCCCAUGAUUGUUAAAGAGCCACCGUAUGAAAGUGACACUAGGAUCAUUCUGUUCCAGGCCUGAUAUUGCUUGAAUGUAUUUUUUAAAAUUCAUUAUAAUUUGUAAUGUUUACAUAAAAAAAUAUGUUUAUAUCUGAAAGCUUGUGUGUAGAGUAUAUGACCAAUAAAUUGAUGAAAACUGA